AAUUUGCACAAAUUUUCAGAGUGAUUUUUAUGUUUACGACAUUGACACUGGCAAAUGGACACUGAUCACAGAGGACACUUUCUCCAUGGGGGGUCCAAAGCUUGUGUUUGACCACCAAAUGGCCAUGGAUAUUGAAAAACAGACCCUCUAUGUCUUUGGUGGCAGAGUGCUUUCUAAAACUCCAUCAGAAGUGGAGCGCAGUAACGAGCAGGUCUUCAGUGGGUUGUAUGCUUACCAUGUGCCAACUAACAUGUGGCGCAAGCUGAAGGACGACUGUCCAGAGAUGAGGUCAAGGAUUGGUCAUUCCAUGCUGCUUCAUCCAAAGUCCAGGCUGCUGUACGUCUUUGCUGGUCAAAGAGCCAAGGAGUACCUCACAGAUUUUUUUACAUACAACCUAGAUACCGGGGAAAUUAUUCUGAUUUCAGACGGGACAAGGAAGGACGGCGCUCAAGUUCCAGCGGCAGGGUUUACACAAAGGGCUACAUUAGAUCCUGAACUUAAUGAAAUACAUGUUCUUUCUGGUUUAAGCAAGGACAAAGAUAAGCGUGACAAUGUGCGAAACUCGUUCUGGGUGUAUGACAUCAGCAAGGGGAAGUGGUCGUGUAUCUACAAGAACGAGACUUUAGACCAGAAGUACUGGAGUAGAAUGCAGCAUGUUGAACCGGUGCCGAGAUUUGCUCAUCAGUUAGUUUAUGACCAUAUCAGAAAGGUGCAUUAUUUGUUUGGUGGCAAUCCAGGCAAAGAAGGUCUUCCAAAAAUGAGAUUAGAUGAUUUUUGGGCAUUACAGCUGUGUAGGCCAUCUAAAGAGCACCUUUUGCGGAGGUGCAAGUAUUUGAUCAGAAAGCACAGGUUUCAGGAGAUUGCCAGCUCAGACCCUAUUUCCGCCCUCAACUUUUUGCAGACCAAGCUGGCCGAGACAGUGGAUCACAGUGACGCAGAGGAGACCCGUGAUUUUCAGCUCCUUGCUUCCACAUUAUUCAAAGAUCCCACGGAAGAUCCAGACAGUUUGGGGAUACAAGAUCAGGGAGUACACGAACACUUCACCAGUAGAAGCAAGCUGUUUGAUACGCUGGUCUCGUUCUUUCCUGAGGAGAUGACGCAGCCGAAGGGAAAUCUUGUGGACGUAAUUACCAUGUCUUAGCAUUGACACCAAUAAACUCUCCUUUUUUCCUCUCCCAAAAGAGGAGUUUUUUCAGCAUGGACAACUGGUCCUCCUUGCAAAACUGACAGAUAUUCUGUCCUGUCCAGAUAUUUCAUUGUUCUUGUGUUCUAAACUUGUUCCAAACAUAAUCAUCUCUGUGGUACUCCUUUUAUGGAGAAGUUGUGGACUUUGUUUGUUGAAAAAUGAGAUACAGUUUAGCUAUUCAGUUUGCUUUGAUUUACGCUCAGUAGUAAGGCCCUGAGAUGCACAUUUUUAAAUGUCGGUGUUCUCGAAAACCUUGCCAAAUUUCAAAAGUAAGAAUUUUCGAUUAAAUCUUUUACUUAUUAUAGUAACCUGGUUACCACUAACAGCCCUAUUCUGUGAUGAAGGCAUCUUGUGAAGCAUAAAAGAAUUAAAGUUAUUUAGUUGUUGUUUGAAAAUUUAUUACUGUAACUUCAUAGACUCUG